AUGUGGGGUCCCAAAAAGGGCCAGCUCGAUGAAAUGCGAGUCCGAAUUGCGGAGCUCGAAUGGCAAUUGGGCAAGCAAUUGGGGAACCAGGACCCCAGUGCUAUGUCCAAGACUCCACCAAAACCAGAACAUCAGAGGAGUGGUAAUACCACUGGUAGUACUACUCCAAGCAUCAUCCCUGUCCCACUCGAAGACCACGCCCAUACCUCCCAUCCUUUGAAUGUACCGGCACUUCAAACCAUAACACCUGCCAGGUCAACGGCAUCAUCGAUCAUUUUCCCCACGACGUCAAACCAUGCAGCGACGACUGCGAGCGCAACUGUAACUACAACAAUGCCCACGUUCCUGACCGCGGAGCAUGAUACCAGCCUCCCUGCCUUAAUGGAUUGGCAAGAUAUUGAAAUGGACAGCGGGAUGCUGGCAGACAUGGGAAAUAUGUUACAGUUUGAUCUGGAGGCGGGUAGUCCUGUCCGGUUCCUGGGUGAUUUUAAGGUGACGAAUCUCGUCUUAGCUGACUUAGAUCAACUAUAUUUCGACCGCCUCCAUGAUGUCCUUCCUAUGAUACACCGCCGACGGUACUUUAGCUGGGCAGAUCAGGAGAAGCCCUCUCCUGCUCGAACCUGUCUCCGGUCAGCCAUGCAUACUGUGGCAGCAGCCAUGUCGGCACAAUAUCACAGCCUUGGCGACGCCCUUUACCAAGAAACAUGCCAAUUACUAGAAUCCCAGUGCAUGCGAACAUUAAGUGGAUGUGGUAGUUCUGACAUGUCGUUGUUCGCAUCAACCAACAACAACCCCGGUCCUAGACCCUCUAUUGCGGGCGACAAGAUCCCUAUCGAGCUGAUUCAAUCCUGGCUUCUCCUAGCAUAUUACGACGUUGUGCGCAGCGGCGAACACCAGGCCAUGGUUACAGCGGGGCGUGCUUUCCGGCUCGUUCAGCUAGCACGUCUCUACGAUGUCGAUGAGAGCAGCGGGGUUGAGGAUAUGCCGAGUAAUCCUGCUGGCUCUGACGGCGUCCACUCCGACCAAAAUAUCCCAUAUAUAAUAGCUGAGGAGAAGAGGCGAACUUUCUGGCUCGCUUUUAGCUUUGAUCGCUUUCUCUGCUCACGCAACGAGUGGCCCUUGACGCUGCAGGAAGAAGCAGUCCGCACACGUCUGCCCGCCUCGGAGGCAAGCUUUCAGAAUAACCAGCCGACCCAAGUGUGCUUUUUAUCCGAAGUGAUAGCCAUGAGUACCAGUCCCCAGUGUUAUUCGUCUACAAUGAUCCCUCUUUCUCCAUUUGCAGAAUGUAUUGUGCUGGCAGCGCUACAUGGUCGCUGCAUGACACAUCGCCGUAUGUCGAUGCUGAACACUGGGACAGACGAGGCCCAAGAAUUCUGGACGAGGCACGACCAAUUAACACUGGCCGUAGAGAAAAGGGCUCAGAUUCUCGCUCAAAGCCCCUCGCUAAAGCUGGUCAACCGCGACCCCAUGGUGCUCUUCACUCACAUGCUGGCGCAGAAGUCGGUCAUAUAUCUUAGCGGCACCCUCGAGAUGGCGCUCUUGCAGCGACAACAACAACAAGUUGGCGACCGCCAGCUUUUCGCCAGCUCAUACAAGUGGCGGGCUGAGCGGGCAGCGGUCGAAAUAGUGGGCCUUGCCGAGUCAGCCAGGUCUCUUGGCUGCUUUAGCAUGCACCCGUUUAUAGCAGAUCCGCUUGCCUGUGCUGCCAAUUUCUUUAUCCGAAGUGCACAGUCUAUCAAUGCCAGGGGGGCAGGAAGUGCAAGGAGCAAUAGCAGCAGCAGUAGCAGCAUCAACAGCAGAAACAGCAGCAACAGCAGCAACAGUAGUAUGAGCAACAAUGAUGGAGAAGUGGAGAAGCUUCUUUGCUUGCUUCGACAUUUAGGCCACUUGAAUGUUUUAGCACAAGACUAUCUCUGCACUGUCGAGGCUGAAUAUAGCACAUGGUGUGCCGGCCGGCGACAGGAGCAAUAA